CAUUAUCUCUCUCUCUCUCUCAUUCAUGGAAUUUGAUUGAACUCAGCAAUCAGAUCUCUAGAAAAUAGUUUUAGGAUUUUUAAUUUUUAAUUUCUUAUUGUUUUGCUAUUUGAGAUCAAAUCAUUAAUCAUGGUCCUUUAGGUUUUUCAUUUUUUUUUUUUUUUUUUUUUUUUUUUUGGUGGUGAUUUAUGUUCUGCCAAGGCUCUAAUGAAAUUGACAUUUAUAGAUUGCUCAUGUGAAAAAUUGAUAAGUGGGAGUUGAUGUAAUAUGGAGUGAAGAAACUUUUUUUUUUGAUAAGCUAUGGUUGAGGAUGCGUGUGGUCAAUUUUUGGUACUGUUGGUGUUGUAUUUAAUGGUCAAUUUUUUUAAAAAAAUAUUUUUUGGAUUGCAUCGAGUUGUUAUUUAUCUGUUUUGGAAAGAAAAAUGAGAAAGGGUUUUGGAAUUUUUUGGCGGAAAAGGUUUUAGGAAGAAUAAGGUUGUGAAAUGAGAAGAAUGUUGUUGUGUUACGGCGAAUGUAUUUGGGUAUCAAAGGGGUUAGGUUAAUAUGUUGGGUGAGAUUCUUAAUAGAUGCGAAUUGACUGUACUAGCUAAGAGAUUUUUAAUAUGUUGUUCUCUUCUUACAAUUCCUCUAAGAAGAGCCAGAGCCAGAGCCAGAGCCAUCUCUCUUUAUUUAAGCCAAAUGGGUCAUCUUAUUUUCACUCAAACUCACAGUUCAAAAAGAGUCGGAGCCAUGGUUUCUGAUUCAAACACUCCCACAAGAAGACAAGUAGAAGUAGUAUAUAAUCCCAAAGAAAGGAUAAAUAAGUUAGCAGAUGAAGUGGACAAGGAAGCACCCCUUUCAAGGCUGACUCUCUUCUCACCUUGCAAGGUUAAUGUUUUCCUAAGAAUAACCAACAAGAGGGAAGAUGGCUUUCAUGAUUUGGCAUCUCUUUUUCAUGUGGAGAGAAAUCUUUACGAUGACUAAUAGUGAAGAGACAGGUAGUCGGGGUUGGGGUGCUUCAAUGUUGUGUCACUUUUACAACAAGGUUUAUUUAUUUAAUUUAUUUUCUCUACAGCACUUAUUUCAUGACAUGGCAACAUUUAUGUGUUUUAAUUAUCACUGUUAGAGUCAAUUGACUGGAGAAUCACUAGCUGGAUUUUGUGAUUUGAUUACUUACCUGAUUUAGCAAUUUUCUAUUGAAAAAUGUGUAUGUCUUGGGAUGAUAUGCUGUUUAGGUUUAAAUCAUAUUUAUUUAUUGUGUUGUGUUUAGGUUUAUUACUAAAUUAAUUGAUGUUAAUAUGUUGUUCUAAAGCACUUGUUUGUUCUUUUUCUUAUAGACUAUAUAUUUUUGAUUGUUGUGCGAGGUGCAUUCCAUGUCUACCAAAAUAAUUGUCUAUUAGUUUUAUGCAAUAAAUUGUAUCUUCAUUUUACCAACCCCUCACCCCCCAGGUGGGCGGGAAUUUCAUUUGCAAAUCCAGAACUGUGUUCAUUUUCUCUACUCUUUCCUUGCUAUUCAAAAAAUAAAAUAAAAUUCUCUACUCUUUCUUGUUUUUGAUCAACCAUGGAAUUUUGGCCCAUGCAGUUUGGGAGUUGAUGAGCUUGAGAAGCGGUUGGUAGCUCUUAGAAAUCCAUGAGCUGAAGAUUGGAUAUUUGUGAGUUACUGAAUUUCUGCAAGGUAGUUUACUGUAGAUAUUCUAUCUCUAUAGGAUGCUACUCAUUUCAGCAUGUAUCUUGAGAUGCUAUUUCAUUGUUUUGUUCUGCGUAUUUUGUGGAAUGCCAUGGACAGUGAUUCUCCAUCACAUUUGCAAAAAAUGUAAUUGUUGAACUAGUUUUGUUU